UUCAUCUUCUUCCCCCAAUACCUUCUUUAUAAAUAAACGUCUCUCGUAGCUGUCUUUUGAUAUCUUUAUUGUUUCUUUUGUUCUUAUUCGAUGGUUCAGACAGAUACAGAUAAGAUGGGUCUUAAUUUGAAUCUGUCGAUGUACUCCUUAGCAAAACCCUUGUCUCAAUUUCUCGACCAAGUGUCGAGGAUCAAAGACCACGACUCGAAACUGUCUGAAAUCGAUGAUUAUGUCGGAAAAUUAGAGGAAGAGAGGAGAAAGAUCGAUGUUUUUAAACGGGAGCUACCUCUAUGCAUGCUCCUAUUGAACGAAGCGAUUGAGAGGUUAAAGGAAGAGGCUUCAUCAGUGAUGAUGAUGGCAUCAAAUUGUAAAUUAGAUGUGGGUGAAAGGGUAAGAUUGGAAAGUGACAAUAAUAAGAAGAACUGGAUGAGCUCUGCCCAGUUAUGGAUCUCCAAUCCUAACUCUCAAUUGCAAUCGACAAAUGAAGAAGAGGAUGGGUGUGUGACUCAGAAGCCUAUUCAGACAUGUAAUAAUCAGGGAGGAGCAUUUCCACCACCAUAUAACCCUCCACCACCGCCUCCUCCGGCUCCUCUGUCUCUCAGGACUCCAACAUCAGAAAUACUGAUGGAUUAUAGGAGAAUUGAGCAGAAUCAUCCUCAAUUCAGCAAACCUAUUAUACAGAGCCAUCACGUUCCGAAGAAAGAUCAGAGAAGGAGAUGGUCACAGGAACUUCACCGUAAAUUCGUUGAUGCUCUUCACAGCCUUGGAGGGCCACAAGUGGCAACACCAAAGCAGAUUAGAGAAAUGAUGAGAGUUGAUGGUUUAACCAAUGAUGAAGUCAAGAGCCAUUUACAAAAAUAUAGAAUGCAUAUCCGUAAGCAUCCGCUGCAUCCAGCAAAGACUCUGCCAUCCUCGGAUCAGCCUGUUUUGUUAGAUAGGGAAACACAGAGCUUAAUAAGUUUGACGAGGUCGGAUUCACCACAGAGCCCGCUUGUUGUUGAUAGAGGUUGUUUGUUCAGUAAUAAUGGUCAUAGCUCAGAGGAUGAAGUGAAAUCUGAUGGACGUAGCAGCUGGAAAAGUGUGUCAAAUAAAAAUAGACCAGCGUUGGAUCUUGAGCUUUGAAGACAUGCAUAGAUAAAAGUUACCAUUAUAUGUUGUCAUAUGCUCAAAAACUUUAAAGUUUUGCUCGGAGUUUUGGUAGAUGUAUAACAUGAGAGAGGGAAUAUAGAUAGAGAGAAAGAGAGAGAGAUCAAACUCCUCAGGCUUGUGUUUUAGUUUUUUUGUUACUUCAUAAGAAAGUGAAACUGAUAAAUCAAAGAUUUUGUUCUUCUUAUGUCUGAAUUUAAAAUUUCUUUUGUUGUU